AUGGAUUUAAAUGGUGUACCCAUACCAACAAUGAACUGGGACAGUCAGAACCCUAUGGAGGAGUUCAAAAAGUUCAGGCAGCAUGCAGAACUUAUAUUUAGUGGCGCGUUAAGAGAAAAAGAAGAAGAAGUACAAGCUCAACUACGUGAUAUGACUAAUUCCAAAAACAUCGAUGACAUUAAUCACAAACGACAUUCCACGUCAAAACACCCAAACGAGGCUGGAAAGAAACACAUGUACAAUCACCAUUCAAGAGUUAGACAAAACCAACAGAUAACAAAAUGUGGAAAUUGUGGACAGUCACAUCACAGCAAAGAUCGAUGUCCGGCUAGAGGAAAACAGUGCAAGAACUGCCACAAAUGGAAUCACUAUGCAGUUGUGUGUAGGUCAAACAAAAAAGUGCAUGAAAUCGAAACCGGAAACAAUAACAGUGACAGUAACAGUGACAGUGAAUUUUGUAUUGGUGCAGUUGAUUCACAUUCAAAAGGACAGGUAUUUGUUGAUUUACAGGUGGGCUCUAAAGGUCAUUUUAAACAGUUUAAACUUGACACAGGGGCAUGCUGUAACAUCCUUUCUGAGGCAGAUUUCAAAUCCCUCAAGGUCAAUACCCCCUUAAAAAAGCCAACUGUCAAACUCACUGCUUACUCAGGCACUGAAAUUAAGGUUCUAGGAGUAGUAGAUCUCUCAUGCAGCUACAAGAAGAAAUGCACAAAACUUGUAGAAUUUUAUGUUGUGAGAACAAACAAACCCUCAAUCCUAGGUUUACAAUCAUGCCUUGACUUCAAUUUGAUUCAGAUUGUAAUGUCCGUAGACCAAAAUGAGCAAAUGAAUAAAAAUUCUGUCUUGCGUGACUUUCGUGAAGUUUUUCAUGGCUUUGGAAAAUUACCUGGUGCUUGUUCGAUCAAAGUAGAUCCCAGGUAUUCCCCAGUAAUUCAUCCUCCCCGACGCGUUCCUGUAGCUCUUCAGAGCAAGGUUAAAAAGGAACUUGAUGCUAUGGAAAAAGCUGGGAUCAUAGCCAAGGUCACCGCACCAACAAAUUGGGUGAAUAGUAUGGUCGUAGUCAAUAAGCCACAUUCUGAUAAAGUUAGAACUGUAAUUGACCCUAAAGACCUUAAUAAGGCAAUCCAUAGGCCACAUUAUCCUACAAAAACCUUAGAUGAUAUUUUGCCGCAGUUAAAAUCUGCAAAAUAUUUCACAAAACUUGACUGCAAAUCAGGUUACUGGUCCGUUGUUUUAGAUGAUAAAUCAUCAUAUCUAACAACAUUCAACACCCCUCAAGGUCGUUAUAGGUAUCUAAGAUGUCCCAUGGGACUGAAAUGCAGCCAAGAUCUUUUCCAGCAAAAGAUGGAUGAGUGCUUAGAAGGCUUACUUGGUUGUAGUGUCAUUGUAGAUGACAUUCUUGUUUAUGGUUCAACUCGGGAAGAGCAUGACAUGAAUUUAAGAAACUUACUUGAUAGGUGCCGCCUAAAGGGCAUUAGGUUAAACGAAGACAAACUUGUUGUUUGCGUCUCGGAGGUUAAGUAUUUUGGUCACAUCCUCUCAGCUGAUGGAUUGAAACCAGACCCCGAAAAAUGUAGGGCUAUCCAAGAGAUGGAAGCGCCUAAAGACAAGUCUGAGCUUAAGACAAUACUUGGCAUGAUAACUUAUCUAUCUAGAUAUGCCCCAAACUUGUCCGAGAUCAUUCAUCCACUCUCAGAAAUAUUAAAGAAAGAUGUCAUUUUUCACUGGGAUGCUCCUCAAGUUCGAGCAUUUCAGAAAGUCAAAGACAUACUUACUGAGUGCCCAGCCCAGUGUUAUCUUAUUUUGAUCCAAAUAAGGCACUAG